CGAUCGUUCCGUGUGUUGUGCGUGUUUUCCUAAAUUACUUCUGCAAAAGAUCGCGAAUUGAAUUGAUAAAACGUGAAAUUGCGUACACGAACGCGUGCUGUUCGAUCCGCUGAGUGCCAAACAGUUGAAGGAGUUGUUAAAUAAAGCGCAAUUCGGCCGUUCUGCUGCUGCAAGAAAGAGUGUCCUCCCCUUUUUCUUGUGUGAACGAGUGCGUGCGUGCGUGUGUGUUCGAUCGUUUUGCUUUCGCGGCGACAUUUGACAGCGUGAAAACGGGAAGAAAACGGGAAGCGAUCUGCUGGGUCUGGGCAGUGGUGAUGGUGGCGAGCGCGGGGUGCUGAAACCUGUAACGGGCGCGCUAGCAGCUUGCGUGAAGAUCUCCUCCGCUGUUGACACCGAGACGGCGGAGGUACGUGCUUUCAUUGGAAUGCGUGGUGUGUGAAAAACAAAGUCUCUGUCUCGGCCCUGUGCGUACGGCGGGCGUCUCUCGAUUUCGUGCGGAGUUUGGUUUCAUCUUCCGUUUCGCAGCAGGCUGUGCGAAGUGAAGUGCUGGCUUAUGUGAAUCCGAUCGUUGCUUUUGGGUUUGGUUUGCCAUCAGUGAGUGAGAGAGUUGACGAAAUCCGCAAAGGAAAUAUCGUGUCUCCUUGCCCGGAGGGGCCAUUUGAGUGAAUUGCUUUGACCGCUGCUAACACACCGAAGGGAAGGGGGCAGCAUGUUUUCGAAGAAGAAGAAAAAGCCACAAAUCUCGUGUCCGAGCAAUUUCGAGCAUCGAGUGCACACCGGGUUCGACAAACGCGAGGGGCGCUACGUCGGUUUGCCGCUGCAAUGGGCUUCCAUCGUGGGAAACAAUCAGAUCCUGAAAUCAUCGAACCGGCCGCUACCGUUGGUCGAUCCGUCCGAGAUUACCCCGACCGAGAUACUGGAUCUGAAGACGAUCGUGCGACCACACGGCCAGGGGAUAAGCGGCGCACCGAUUGGCGGUGCGCCGGUCGUUCCCGGAGGAGUAACUGGUCCAGCGGCUGGUGCUACCGAUCCCGGGAAGCUCAUCCUACCGAAAACGUCCAACGUGGCGCGCUCCAACUCUCUGAGAAGUUCCAGCCCGCCCCGAAUCCGUCGUGGGGAUCUCCGUGCCAACACCAAUGUGCCACCGUCCGUCCCGGAGGAACCACACACGCUCGGUGGGGCCCAGUCACCGUAUCCCGGAGCGAUGACGAUGAUGAUGAAUAAUAACAGCUUUCCGAAGGGUGUCGUACCACCGCCGGGCGUAGGAGGAAACUUUGCGGCCAAUCCAGCGGCACCACCAAGUGUGCUGGACAGCAACUUUAACAACAACUUUGAUCCACACCAUCAACAUUUGCAGCAACAACAACCGAAUAUGCUUAAUUCCGGUGGCCAACAACAGCAAGCGUCAGCACUUCAUAUGCAACACCUGCAGCAACAUCCACAAACUCACCAGCACCCGCAUCAUCAUCAGCAACAGCAGCAGACGACAGCCGGGACGGGCCAGACGAUUGCACCUUACAUGAAUGGUGGUCAAAUGUUGGCCAACAGUGGUCACACCGCUGGCGCGCCUAUAAAUGGAAACGGUUCGAAUGGGAAUCUGUCCAACCCUGUCAGCGUACUGACGGAAACAUCCUCACUCUAUCAUAACCGAUCGCAGAAAUCUUCCCCAACUGGAUCCGACGGUAUUCAGCGAUACAAUCCACAUGGCGCUUAUCCGCCUCAGAUGGCGAACAACAAUUUCCUUGGCGCUGGUCAGGCAAGCGGUCAACCACCGGCUUUACACAGCAAACCAACAGCAACGGGACAGAGUGGCCCACUCGGAGGACAAUCACAUUCAAUGGCUGGUGGAAUGGAAGGAACGCAGCCCACCAGUCACGGGUCGUUGGGAGAUGCGUCCAACGGUAACCAAGUGACGCCCGCAGGACAUCACCAUCAUCAUCACCAUCAGCAUCAUCCGCAUGCCGGUGGUAGUGGUAUGAUGGGACCGAGCGGACAAACUCCUUCAAAUACGCAACUGAUCGGACCACAACUGUCACCAACCGGGAUGCACAAUACAGUAUCCCAUCACCAUCCGCAUCAUCAUCCACAACAACAACAGCAGCAGCAGCAGCAACAACAACAUCAGCAGCAGCACCUGCAACAGCAAAUGCAAAUGCCCGCUGGUCCGAUUGGAGCCAACAGCCAGAUGCCGAAUCAUCACCACCAUCAUCAUCAUCAUCACAAUCACAAUUCGAACCAUCAUCCAAAAAUGCCAUCACCGUCGGGCGGCUCGACGGGAGCCGGUAGCACGAUCGGUGCUGAUCAGCAGCUACAAUCGCAACAGCAGCAACCACAGCAGCAGCAGCAUCAGCAACAGCAACAGCAGCAACAGCAACAGCAGCAACAGAAUCACAUGCACAACAACAACGCUAAUGGGAAUCUCAUCAGCAAUGCCAAGAGUAACUCGCGAGCAUCUAGCUCUAGCGGUGGCAAUGUGUCCGUAGCGCAGAGCACUACCUCCACCACGCAGAGUGGACAAUCGCAGCAGCAGCCACCGGUGAAGACCGAACAAAGGCUAACGCAUGAGCAGUUCCGAGCGGCGCUACAGAUGGUCGUAUCGGCCGGAGAUCCACGGGAGAAUCUGGAAAAUUACACCAAAAUCGGCGAAGGAUCCACGGGCACCGUUUGUAUUGCGACGGACAAAUCGACCGGGCGCCAAGUCGCAGUGAAACAGAUGGACCUUAGGAAGCAGCAGCGACGUGAGCUGCUCUUCAAUGAGGUCGUCAUAAUGCGAGACUACCAUCAUCCGAAUAUUGUAGAAACAUACAGCAGCUUCCUGGUGAACGACGAGCUCUGGGUUGUGAUGGAGUUUUUGGAAGGAGGGGCACUGACCGACAUUGUCACGCACUCGCGCAUGGACGAAGAGCAGAUCGCAACGGUCUGCAAACAGUGCCUAAAGGCACUGUCCUAUCUGCACUCGCAGGGCGUCAUUCAUCGUGAUAUCAAAUCGGACUCAAUUUUGCUCGCUUCGGAUGGGCGCGUGAAGCUGUCUGAUUUCGGUUUCUGUGCCCAAGUGUCGCAGGAGCUUCCGAAGCGAAAAUCGCUCGUCGGGACGCCGUACUGGAUGUCGCCGGAGGUGAUUUCCCGGCUGCCGUACGGUCCCGAGGUCGACAUCUGGUCUCUGGGCAUCAUGGUGAUUGAGAUGAUUGAUGGCGAACCACCGUUCUUCAACGAGCCACCGUUACAAGCGAUGCGACGCAUUCGCGAUAUGCCCCCACCGAAGCUGAAGAACUCCCACAAGGUGUCGAGCCGAUUGCAAAACUUCCUCGAUCGGAUGUUGGUGCGCGAUCCGGUGCAACGAGCCACGGCUGCCGAACUGCUCGCCCAUCCUUUCCUCCGGCAAGCAGGUCCACCGUCGUUGCUCGUACCGCUAAUGCGUGGUGCACGCCACAGCAACUGCUAGCGGGGUUAGGUGACGCGGUAUCAGCACACCAUAAGGCCAUUGUUCAGUGCGGGCAACGUUUGACAACUUCCCGUUGCAGCGCUCGCAUCGAAAUUCAGACUUAAUCCAAUCAAUGGAGGAUUUGUUGCAUUUAUUUAGUUUUUGCGAUUUGUGCUUUGGUUGCAGGUUUCGCCGGGUGGUACGAAGACACACAUUCCUCGAACUGUACUUUGUGGCGGGUUAUUUGUUAGAACAUGUACAGAACGAAAGCGACAAAACAGCUAACGAGCUGCUACGAACGGGCAAGAAUGCUUAUUUUAGUUUAGAAGACACAAUGAUCCAAUGACACAAUGCUCAUCGAUCUUCAGAGUACUUAGCAUCGAAGGGAAUCAGGUAUGCAAAUUCCCGAAACAACGAUUUUAAAAUCCCGAAGCGAAAUAUCUUCAGAGCAGUGCGGAAUACAGUAACAAUCAACCAAUGCGUUAACAUUCCAUUAGUAUAAGGAUGCAAACAAAGAUGUACUCCAACACCUUCGUUACUUGUGCUGGCUUCUUUAUUAUUCAGCCUGUUCAAUGGUGGGCAUACGGUUUGGAAAGCCAUUAAAGCUACACCUGUGUAUGUGUGUGCGUGUUGGCGUGGUUCGCCCGUGUUUUAACCCUAGGUUACGUUUAGUAUUACACCGAUCAUUUAAUUAGACUGCCUAAGGGUUCAGUAAGGGUGUGUCCUGCAAUUGUGAUUGUGAGACGAGGUCUUAGCUGUAUACUUACUUGCUUAUCAGGCUGCAUCGGUAGGCCAGGUCUUCACCAGAAGCGUUCUCCGUCACUCGCGACCGAGUACCAUCUUAGUUCGAUUAGUGUUUCAUUUUUGUUAUUAACAUUGUAUGUUGCAUUCAUAUUUUAACCUCUCGGUCUUAAGCGUGUGUUCUGUACAGUGCCUAACACUUAGGAACAGCGUCCGUAGUAUGUUUUGCGGGGAACUUUUUUAUCCAGAGUAUUUAAAGCAAGGGAAAACAUCCCUCGUAUUUACGUGUGAGUAGCUCAUCCAACUCUGGUCUGUUGGGGCAUGCGACCGGUGCGGUAAAUGAAUCCGUUAGACUGUUUACAGAACAAGUAUUUGCUGGUAUAGGACCACUGACCGACACGCACGUAAGCACGCGAAGGUGUCAGUUAUACCGCGAAAGGAAUCUCAAACACUAAGGACACCGGCGAUGAUUUUGUGGAGUAUUACAAAUGAGUAUUUACGAGGUAGCCGAGCAAACAUUCCAACCGGUUGGUGGACACAGCGGCGAAUUGGUUGGUCAAUGUUCGGAACAAGGUUCCCCCACCGGCAGCAGCUGUCGAUCCGAACCGUCUCUUCCGACGGACCACGUUCUAACGUUUCUUAUGGUUCCGAUGUGUUAAUACAUAUCGAGCGUCUUGUUUUGCAGGAGGAAUACAAAGUAUUAGGAACUUAUUGACGACACUUGAUGCACCAUGAAACGACGACAAUGAACGAAUCUAGCGUUAAAAUGAUAAUACGUGUACGAUUUUUUUUUAAUAAAAAGAUUAAAAACUCA